UUUGCUCCUUAUAUAGUGUCUUAUAUGAGAGACAGGAAAGUAGCACCCGACCUUCAAUAUAAUGAAUCUAUAUGGAUUUUUGCUAUGGUACUCCUGGGUCAAGGAACCACAGGAUUCCUCGGAGGGAUGUUAGAACGAUUGAUAGGACCAAGGCUGACAACACUUGCAGGAGCCUGGAUAAUGAGUAGUGGUGUUCUGUUAACUUAUUUCAGCGUGAAUCACAGCUUCGCAUCCUGUCUCAUCACAUACGGUCUCAUAUUUGGUUUCGGAGUGGGUUUAGCUUAUCCAAUACCCACGGGAUGCGCAAUGAGGUGGAUGCCUCACAGAAAAGGUUUCGUCGUCGGUUUUGUCGUGGCGGGCUACGGUGGUGGGGCCUUCAUUUUUAACCAAGUGAUCACAGGUUUUAUUAACCCAAGAAACCUUAGUCCUGAUAUCGAUCAUAAUGGGGAACAAGUCAAACAAGAACUGAGGCGAAGCCAGAGAUUGAAGGUGGAAUGGAGAAUAACAGCAACCAGGUGGAAAUGGAAGCAGUUGAAGGUCCUGCAGAGGCCCCUAGCUUUUGGACAAACUUUCAUUCAAGACGACCGGUUUCAUUCUUUAGUCGGGGCAUUUGCGUCCCUGUGUAAUGCGGGUGGCCGUAUCCUCUGGGGUGCCAUAGCUGAUAGAACUUCGUUCAGGACUGCCCAGUUAGCUAUCACCUCGUUACUCACUUGUCUUUAUUCAACGUUCAUAAUCACGGAAUACGGUGGGAAACCACUUUUCUUUAUCUGGGUUUGUUUGAUUUUCCUCACCUUCUCUGGAUCUUUCUCCACAUUUCCAUCUUGUACGAUGCGCUGUUUCGGGGAACAGUAUUAUUCGAUAAACUACGGAUUACUCUUCACGUCUCAGGCCAUGACAGCGAUUAUUGGAUCGCUACUCUCAGAGAAUCUCCUUCCUUUGAUCGGUUGGAUGGGUUUAUUUUUCGUUGCAGCAGUGAUAUCGGCAUGUGCGAUAGUCAUAGCAUUUAAUUUUAAAGAACCGCCUUCAUAGAGCAAGGAAAGGAAGCAACAACAACUACUACAAUAACAGCAAUCACUACUACAACAAAAGUAGGGAUUUUUUUCGUAUUUUAUAUAAUUUUUAUACAAUAUUCUUUCGUAUUUUUUAUUAAAAAAAUAAAUUACUUUUAUUUAU